GUUCUUUUCGAAAUGAUGGCUUAAAAGCUGCAGAUGUCCUUCCUAUACUAAAGGAGAAAGUGGCCUUCGUGUCAGGUGGCCGUGAUAAACGAGGUGGUCCUGUCCUGACCUUCCCAGCCCGCAGCAAUCACGACAGAAUAAGGCAGGAAGACCUUCGGAAACUUGUGACUUAUUUGGCCAGCGUGCCAAGUGAAGACGUCUGUAAACGAGGAUUCACUGUUAUUAUCGAUAUGCGAGGAUCCAAAUGGGAUUUGAUCAAACCUCUUCUAAAGACCCUUCAAGAAGCCUUUCCUGCCGAGAUUCACGUUGCCCUGAUAAUAAAGCCCGAUAAUUUCUGGCAGAAGCAGAAAACAAACUUCGGCAGUUCCAAGUUCAUCUUUGAGACAAGUAUGGUCUCUGUUGAAGGCCUGGCAAAACUCGUGGAUCCUUCUCAACUGACGGAUGAGUUUGAAGGAUCUUUGGAUUACAACCAUGAUGAAUGGAUAGAGUUGCGCGUCUCCUUGGAAGAGUUUUUCAACAGUGCUGUUCAUUUAUUAUCAAGGCUGGAGGAUCUCCAGGAAAUGUUGGCUAGGAAGGAAUUUCCAGUUGAUGUUGAGGGCUCAAGAAGGCUAAUCGAUGAGCACACGCAGCUUAAGAAAAAAGUGAUUAAAGCUCCUGUGGAAGAACUGGAUCGUGAGGGUCAGAGGUUAUUACAAUGCAUAAGAUGUAGUGAUGGCUUUUCUGGUAGGAACUGCAUUCCUGGAAGUGCAGAUUUUCAAAGUCUUGUGCCAAAGAUCACCAGCCUUUUAGACAAGCUGCAUUCCACCCGGCAACACUUGCAUCAGAUGUGGCACGUCCGCAAGUUGAAAUUGGACCAGUGCUUUCAACUCCGACUUUUUGAACAAGAUGCUGAGAAGAUGUUCGACUGGAUCAGCCACAACAAGGAGUUGUUCCUGCAGAGUCACACGGAGAUCGGCGUGAGCUACCAGCACGCCCUUGACCUGCAGACGCAGCACAACCACUUUGCCAUGAAUUCCAUGAACGCCUAUGUCAACAUCAAUCGGAUCAUGUCGGUUGCAUCCAGGCUUUCUGAGGCAGGCCAUUAUGCUUCCCAGCAGAUUAAACAAAUUUCUACGCAGCUGGAUCAGGAGUGGAAGAGUUUUGCUGCGGCUCUGGAUGAGCGCAGUACCAUCCUAGCCAUGUCUGCUGUCUUCCACCAGAAGGCUGAACAGUUCCUUUCAGGUGUGGACGCCUGGUGCAAAAUGUGCAGUGAAGGAGGCCUCCCCUCAGAAAUGCAAGACCUGGAAUUGGCCAUCCAUCAUCAUCAGUCUCUGUACGAGCAAGUGACACAGGCCUACACAGAGGUGAGCCAGGAUGGAAAAGCUUUGCUGGAUGUCCUACAGCGUCCCUUGAGCCCUGGGAAUUCUGAAUCCCUCACUGCUACUGCCAACUACUCCAAGGCUGUGCACCAGGUGCUGGAUGUGGUGCACGAGGUCCUGCAUCACCAGCGGCGCCUGGAGAGCAUCUGGCAACACAGGAAGGUCCGGCUACAUCAAAGGCUGCAGCUCUGCGUUUUCCAGCAGGAUGUUCAACAGGUUUUGGACUGGAUUGAAAAUCAUGGGGAAGCCUUUCUGAGUAAACACACUGGAGUGGGGAAGUCUCUGCACAGAGCCCGCGCGCUGCAGAAAAGACAUGAUGAUUUUGAAGAGGUAGCACAGAAUACGUACACCAAUGCAGACAAGCUCUUAGAGGCUGCAGAGCAGUUGGCUCAGACUGGGGAAUGUGACCCUGAAGAGAUCUAUAAAGCAGCCCGGCAUCUGGAAGUGCGGAUUCAGGACUUCGUCCGAAGGGUGGAACAGAGGAAGCUUCUCCUGGACAUGUCAGUCUCCUUCCAUACCCACACCAAAGAGGUAAGAUGC